AUGACGAAAGAUAAAGUUAACUUUAGGUACUCAAUGAAAUACGCACAGGGUGCAGCUGCAGUGGAAGAUAACAUCGGCAUAACUGAGUUACGAUCGCCAACUGGCCGUUGCAGUGAUAUGAAUGAGGAGCGAAACUCACGCCUUACAGGACUGAUGAAGUGGUCCUUGGAUGAUUACGUUGUUAAGGAAAUGUGGCCAAGUGAAGCGUUUGCUUCUCCAAGCACCAAAGACUUGCAAAAUGUGAGAGGUCCGGCCGCCUUCGCACUAAAAAUUGUUGCUGAAGGAAUACCAGACGAAACAAUUGCCAAGCUCAUCGAAAGAAAGUGUCCACCCAGAACAUCAGUGAGGUUCACCACCCCCCUGGAUUUCUGUAGCUCCCAGGAGCGUAUUGCAUUGGUAUGUAGCCACACACACGCAAGCAAGCGUAACUUCCAGUGCCAGCAGGUGGCGCACGUUAGUGAGGGUGUUGUUUGCAUUGGUGGAGCAGUUGACAUUUCCUUGCAUUUGCAUGACAUAAGUUCCUUGCCUCUGUGCAUCCUCCCUGAUGUUUCGUAUUCAGUUGUAUUCAGAGGUUUGAGAGGAUCUCUUGCUGACAUCCUUCCCCGUCUCGAAGCCCUCAGAAGCAAUGGUUUUAUUAAUUACACCCACUUAGCACGGCACGGCGUUGGCCUCUUUCGGGCCUUUGAGAGCGGCAGGCAGCUUCUUCAUAGGGAAUACGCGGAGUUUCUUCGUGGGUAUGUGCUUAGCCUCACGGAGCGUUCACCAGCAGUUCAUAAGGAACUACCACCAUUUCUCGAAGCCAUAGUGGACCCAAAGUUGAAGUGCAGCGAUUGGGCGGGGGUGCGCAAAGGUUUGGAGUACGCGUUGAAGAGAGAUGAGCCGUUGAUUAACCUUCCUCAAACUGGGCUUUACUACCCACAUCACACGCUUCUGCGAGACCUCGUCGAACGCGCAGCAGAUCUCCUACCAAAGGAGCAUGACUCCGCCCAAGUUAUCCGCAAUGCUGUACCACGGCUAAUCAUUCAGGAGAAACUCAGAAGCGUUGCAGACGUUCACUUUAAUGCAUUGGCUUCACUUCGGUGGAAAAUGUACGGCGACAGAGUUGUACCAGGAGACUUAGUUUUACGCCGCGGUGACAGCGGACACGCGACAGAGCCACUAGACGUGUUUGAUGCCCCCGCGGACCAUAUAAACGGGGGCAUGACGUCAGUAAGUCACACGGAGUGGCUUUCUGCUGCCGGAGAGAAACACUUGGAUGGCUUGUUAGAGCGGGUUCAUUUGGUGAGCAGCGAGAAAGAGGCUCAGUCAUUUACAACAGAUGAUAUUGUGCUCCCUGUACUGGGACGCUUUGCGGAGCGAUUGAUCUUACCCAACACAAAAAUGAAAGAUGCGUUUCAGCAUAUUGCACAGGAGUUACAAGUAGAAGGAUUACCACGGUUGCGUGCCGCUCCACCCGCAACCUAUCGGUGGUUGAUUGAGCGUCCAAAGAAGCUCGCUUACUGCAUAUUUGACGAAUCACGAGGUUGGUGUUGGGAAAGUGAUAACAAUGAACCGAUUCGGUCGCAGUUGUAUGAAGACCGGGAGGGAGUGCUGCGGCAACCCUCGCCGCUGAUGGCUGUCACGGGGAAGAAUAUGGUAGCACGACGGGGAAUACGCGGCACAGAACAGCGCCACCACUAUCUGAAACCGGCGAGACGCGGUGGCAUGACGUGCGUGGUGCGUAUGACACUACCUAGGGGGACGGCUAUCACCUCCGCCCUGCGGGAAGUGGUUCAGGUAGCUACACUCGAUACGGGAGCGAUAUUCAGGCUUCUGAAGUAA